AUGGAGGUUGUGUCAGCAGAAGUGAACAGCUUGCUCCCCGAGGAGAUCAUGGACACAGGUAUAACACUGGAGGAAGAUGAGAGCAUCCAAGCUGUAAUUGUGGGUGACCCUAUUCCUAUGGAAACAGAACUGGAGGGAAUAGCAAACGUAAGCUCUGCUGAUGAUCCUACUGCUACUAGUACGUCAUCAAUCACUACGGAAUCUGUCGCAUUGCCCAGCAAUUGUGUUAGCCACGUUACCGGCAAUUCUGCCUUCGUAAAAUCUGACGCCAGUGUGACCGCCCAACCUUCUUUUCAAAGCGGCCUCCAAAAACUAGGCACCCAGACUCCAGUCUCUCUAUCAGCCAAUCAAAUCAUUCUUAACAAAGCCACGGACUUGAAAAUUAGUAAACAGGCCAUAAAGCAGGAAGGUCAAAAACUCAUAGUAACAACUCUGGGCAAGCCCGGACAGCCGAUUGUCUUGGCGCUACCCCACAGCCAGCUGUCACAGUCUCAGAAGACCACAUCGCAAGUACAAGCAAGUGACUCCAAAGUUCCAACACAGCAAUUCAAGGUGGUCACAAUUGGAGGAAGGUCGGAGGUGAAACCCAUCAUUGGUGUGUCGACCUUGACUCCAGGGUGCCAGCUGGUAAACGCCACAAACCAGUCAUCCGUACUGCAGACCCAGCAGCUAAAAGCGGUGCAGAUUGCUAAGAAAGCCAGGACACCAACUUCAGCCCCAUUGAUAACGAAACUCAUCAUCACCAAACCAAUCAAUAGCAAGGCAGUUAUGGGGCAGACAACUCAAGUAUCACCAGUCAUUGCAGGUAGAGUUCUUACACAGACUGCUCCAGGGACACCCCCCAAAACUGUAACUAUUUCAGAAAGCGGCGUUAUUGGGACAACUUUAAGUUCCACAAUACAGGAGGCCUCAAAUAAGAUUGCAAUCUCUCCUUUGAAAUCACCAAACAAGGCUGUGAAAUCUGCAGUACAGACCCUCACCGUUGGGGGAGUGGGCACUUCUCAAUUUAAAACGAUAAUUCCCCUGACAACGGCACCCAACGUUCAGCAAAUUCAGGUACCUGGAAGCAAAUUCCAUUAUGUCCGGCUUGUCACUGCCACAACUGCCAAUAGUACAGCACAGCCAGCCAAUCAGAAUCCCAGCACCAGCACUGCAAACCUCCAGCAAGCAAAACCAGUGGUGGUGAAUGCGACCCCUGUACGGAUGUCUGUGCCUAUUAUCCCAGCAACACAGACAGUCAAACAAGUAGCCCCCAAACCAAUGAACACAACUUCACAGAUAGUUACCACAAGCCAGCCACAACAAAGACUUAUUAUGCCUGCCACACCACUGCCACAGAUCCAACCCAACCUCACCAACCUUCCCCCUGGCACUGUCCUGGCCCCUGCUCACGGCACAGGAAACGUGGGAUAUGCAUUUCUCCCAGCUCAGUAUGUCACACAGCUACAGCAGCCAUCUUGUGUCUCCAUAGCGAGCAGUACUAAUCUUAGUGGGACAUCAAGUAUCCAGACCCAAGCUCGGCUUCCGUUCAAUGGGAUAAUCUCGUCUGAAUCUGCAAAUCGUCCAAGAAAACCCUGCAACUGUACAAAAUCACUGUGUCUUAAGCUAUACUGCGAUUGCUUUGCAAACGGGGAAUUCUGUAACAAUUGCAACUGUACAAAUUGCUAUAACAACCUGGACCAUGAAAAUGAUAGGCAAAAAGCAAUCAAGGCCUGCCUGGACAGAAAUCCCGAAGCCUUUAAACCUAAAAUAGGGAAGGGAAAGGAAGGCGAGUCGGACAGGCGACACAGCAAAGGUUGUAACUGCAAAAGGUCUGGAUGCCUCAAAAAUUAUUGCGAGUGUUAUGAGGCAAAGAUCAUGUGUUCUUCAAUUUGCAAAUGUAUCGGCUGCAAGAAUUUUGAAGAAAGCCCGGAACGGAAAACACUGAUGCACUUAGCCGAUGCUGCUGAAGUGCGAGUCCAGCAGCAAACGGCUGCCAAGACAAAGUUGUCUUCACAGAUUUCGGAUCUGUUAACCAGGCCAGCUCCAGUGCUGACAAGUGGAGGGGGAAGGUUGCCCUUUACGUUUGUAACAAAGGAGGUUGCUGACGCGACCUGUGACUGUUUACUGGCGCAGGCCGAACAGGCCGAGAAAGCAGGAAAAUCCAAAGCCGUAGCAGAACGGAUGAUUCUAGAGGAAUUUGGACGUUGUCUAAUGAGAAUCAUUAACUCGGCAGGAAAAUCCAAAAGUGAUCCUUGUGCCAUGAACUGCUGA